AUAGAUGAGUGUGGCACGGAGAUGGCACACUGCCGAGCCAACCAGUUCUGCGUCAACACGGAGGGCUCCUACGAGUGCCGAGACUGUUCCACGGCCUGCAUCGGCUGCAUGGGUGCUGGGCCAGCUCGCUGCAAGAAAUGCAACAAGGGCUACUGGCGGGACGGAGCCAAGUGCCUGGACGUGGACGAGUGUGCCAGUGCCGAGGAGCCAGUGUGCACGGGGGUGCAGGAGGUGUGCGAGAACACGGAGGGCAGCUACCGCUGCGUCUGCGCCCGCGGCCACGGCCGGCGGGACGGGCAGUGCGUGGAGGACAAGCCCCCUGGUACGAAGGGCUUCUUUGACGACGUGACAGACGAUGAGGUGGUGGUGCUGCAGCAGAUGUUCUUCGGCGUGAUGAUCUGUGCCCUCGCCACGCUGGCCGCCAAGGGCGACAUGGUCUUCACCGCCAUCUUCAUCGGC